CAGUAGGUACCAUGGAGCUGGGAACCUCAUCCUUUAAAAAAAAAAAAAAAAAUGUGUUUUAUCUCUUUGAUAGUAAGCUGCUGCCGUGAUUUAACAGGUCGAAUUGCUGUCAUCUGAAAGUUUGAUUUCCUCGACAUUGUGUUUGUGCUUUUGCCACCUAAAUCUAUAUGGAAGUAUAUACUGUAUAUUUGUUGUGUAAAUUUGCAAAAAGAAAAUGUCAGUGUUUCAGACAAUGUUAUUGUGCCCUAGAAUUAGUUCACAGUUAGUGUUAGCUACUUUUUUUUGACAGUAGGCAGGAAAAGUUUUAGAAGCUGCCAUUAUGUGCUAUUAAAUUUCCAUCUUUGACACCUUUUCCUGGAAACUAAGGCAACUAGGGUUUGGUGGGUUUUUGGGGUUUUUUUUGCAAAUAAUAGGACAUAAUUGAUAGAAAUUAGAAUAUAACUUUUGUGCAAUAGUAAUAUUAAUAGAUUAUAAACAUUUGUUUAAAUAGUUAUUUGAACUUUCCCUUGUUAUUAUAAAAAAUAACCAACAAUACUUUUUCAAGGAUUAUUUUCUCUUUAAAUCAGUCAUCUUUUUUAUCCCUGGAACUUUCCCUAAAGUUUUAAACACUACUAUAAAGAUUAUGAUGCAGUUCACAGAGAAGAUGAGUGCCUCUAAAAUCCUUUCUAAUUGCACAUUUAGCAGCUUGUUGUAUUCUGGGUGAUCCCCCCUUCUCCCCCCUUAGACCUGAUUGAUUCACUAUUAUGCCUAAGUAAUGUCUGUGGAGUGACAUUGGCAGAAGGAUGAAAAAGAGGGUACACAUGGAGUCCUAUAAGUUGAUCAUUUUUUAAUAGAAACCCCUGUCUGCCUUUCAGAGCUAGUUUCAUUGCAAAGUAUAGUAUUUAUCAAGCAAUUUUGAGAAAGAAGUGAAUAUGUAUUGUACUAAUUUGGAUAUUAAAAAAUUUAAUAUCUUCUUAAACAUGGUACACACUGCAAAAAUAUAAAUUGUAAUUUAAAUGCGAUGUUUCAUUGUCUUUGGCAUCAUUCCCUUUCCUAAUGAAGGAUGACUCUUUUGUCAUCUGUACCUAAAAAAAAACCAAAGUCCCCAAACCAAUAGACCUUUUUUCUCUUUUAAAUCUUGCAGUUGUUCUGCAUUGACACUGUUGACACAGAUUUACUUUUGUAGCAAAAGACUGAACAUUGACUAAAAACCUCAAAAAGUCUCCUUUCACUCCUUAUACUAGUUGCUGUUCACAAGUCUUUCUUGCCUAUUGCUAUUAUGUGAAUAGGUGGGGAAAAUGGAACCAUAUUGUGGUUCAGUGUUCUUGGAACAUUUAUUCUGCCUUUCACUUAGCUAAUCAGCAUUUAUUAAAUUCCUACUUUGUGUUUUGAAGUUGCCCUAUAAUAGCUUUGGGACUCCUGCUACAAUUCAUUCUCUACAUAUAUCAAGGGAAAUGAACUUGACUGGUGACAUUUCAAAAUAUUGGUGAUUUUCUCCAGCUUUUUGUGAUGUUUGCUUUUGCAGAGUAAUGCUGCCAAAUGAGACAUUUGUGAAAAGUCUAGGUCCUUUACAAAUAUAGGAGGCUGAAUAUGACCACUGCUCUGUAGAUCUUCAUUAGGGCCUAGUGGAUAUGAACUAGGGAUGUCUUUGACGAAAAUAAAAAUUAGUUUCUUGGUCUUACACAUGCAGGUUUAAUUGUUCAUAGUUAAUGUCAGUAACUCUUGCCUGGAAAAGCAACAGAAUGGCUGACCCGAUUCUGUGCAUGACUGCUAAGAUAUCACAGGUCUCACCUUCAUGAGUCACUAGUCCUGUAUUAUGAGUCAGAUUGAAAUGGAAAUUUAGUCUAUCAUUUCCUGGAAAUUAUACCUUGUGAAGAAGUAGACAGAGGGAAUCACCUGGCAUUUCCACUCAGAUACUUCACUUUCCUUUUAGGGAAAGUAAAUUUUAGGGAUUGAAUAAGCUAUUUUCCUGACUGUGUGUUUCACUAUUUAUUGUUGAGCUUUUUUUACCAUCCUUUUUGCUGUUUUCUGCAGAAUACAUAAGCCUGGACUUAAUCCCAUCAGAUUUGGUAUACAGAAUAUUUAUUAUACUAAAAAGGGCAUUCUACCCUACAAUGUUAAUGGAAAGCUUAUCCUGGACACAGUUGAUUCCCACCUUGCCCUAAUCCGACCACUCUAAUUCUCUGAGGUACUGAGUUAUUGCCCAUCCCAACAAAAUACUGGUAAAUAGAUUCUAUAUGAUUUUCCUUGAAGCAUAGUCAGAUCUGGACUGAACAAAAACAUUCAGGAUUGGAAGCAGCCUGUGGGGCCAAAGAUUCUACCUCUGUCUGUCUGGUACCUUUUCCCUAGCCAUCCUUUGGUGAAUUUGAGGAGUGUUGACAGCCACCUGAGCUCCAUUGGCAAAAAAUAGGGGUCAUAAUAAGCCAAGUCUUUGGCAGUGGGUCAGUCCCCCACUAUUCUCAUUAGGGAGAAUUUGGUCCUGGCAGUCUAGUUGGCCAGGGCUACUCAAUCACAAGGGUCCAACAUUUCAGCAGUUUGGAGAGUAAAGUGAUAGGAGAGGACAGCUGUAGCUCAGCCAUAGCCCAGAGUCUGAGGAGAUCAAGCUUUCACUUCACUUGAAAGAAAGAGAAGGAAGGAACCAAGGCUUAGCAGGGUAAGUCACUUCUUCAUCAACUUGUCUUCUUAGUUUAUAGCUGAGUGAAGUGUUUAUCCUCCAGGAGAGUGUUAAUCACUGAUUAAGGAGCUGAGUGGGGCCGUUUGAGCAUACUCAAAUAGAUAAAUAUCUUUCUGCUAUUUCCUUUUAGUUCUCUCUUUUUCACAAAGACCACACAAUAUCCUCCUCUCCCAAGGGAGAAAAAAAAAAUCAAUUUUUUAAUUGCUGGUGGGUGACUCAGAAAAUAAGAAUUCAAAUAAGAACAGACAGAUGGGCUCUUCGGGUGGUACAGGAAUCUGAGGGGGGGGGAAGAUUUUGAUUUAGUAACCUGCAGGGGGAAAUUAAGGACUUGAUGUGGGAACUCGAAAUCUAAAACUAAAUGUGCUGGGGCUGAUUGGGAUCAGGAUUCUGGGUCAAGGGAGAAGUAGUAUCUCCAUGGGAGGAUGGCCACACAUAGAAGUUAGAGACUAGUGGAAUCUCGCUCCCUGGAAAUUAACUUUUUCUAGGCUGAUGUAAUGACCCUGUUUGGGGAUGGGAUAGGAUGUGUGAAGAAGCUUUUAAGAGACUUCAUUUCUACCUCCUUAACCUUUUCUGUCUCCUUGCAUGUUCUUGCCCUAUUCUUUUCCACUUCUGUCCUCUGUCCCUUCCCUUACUACUUUUACUGAGCUUUAAAGAGUCCAGGACUGUUAGCAGGAAUGUUUCAGUCAGGGGGCCUGAAUUUGGAUCUCAGGCACAGAUAAGAGGACAGUGAUAUAUAUAGAUGCAAAUGCAUAGACCAUCUCCAUUCCAUACCCUUAACCCUCUGCCAACAAAUUAUUUCAGUCUGUCCUGCAUUGUUCAUGUGCUUCCCACAGUGGCUCUCUCACUGCUUACUAGCCUGGGACUGACCCCAUGAGACAAAGCCCUAGGGAGUCUAUGUGUCAGCUUGUCCCAUGGGGAGAGAAAGUCUCCCUAGAGAUACAUAAAUGGGGCAGAGAGUAAUUUCGUUAUCAUUUCUAGCCCUAAUUGGCUUCCCUUUCUAAGGGAGAGUUCAGGGUUAACCAUUAGGCUGAUACUUCUGAGUUGAAUUAUAAGGUUUUGCUGCAAGUAACUGAGCUAACUAGUCUCCUUCCCCCACAUACAACAAAAGACCUGCUUUCUUUGAUAUUGCUGAGGAUUUCAGGGCAGAUGGUGGAAGGGAAGCAGAUUGUCAGGGUUAUAGUUCCAUAGCCCCUGGACCUGGCCACUUGUCAGUGUGAGUAGGAGAACUGAAGUGUGGGGAAGGAAAUAGAGGAUUUGAGCAUUUCAUUUUUUGCUAACUUCGGUCCUAGUCCAGAGGCUAAUCCAAGAGUUUCUCCUAUAAACGCAGAAGUUGGAAAGUUUUGAUGCUAAGAUCAGAACUUUUAUCUGCACUCACAAGUGGUUUAUUAAAUAUCAUAACUGCUACCUAUAAUUUUUCUUUUACUUGGGAUGGUUACUGCAAAGUAGUCCCUCUGUCUCAUCAUCAUUGAUUCCUUGUAACUUGCCUUUUCUGCCUUAAAAUAGAUUCAGGCUUCCCUACUGCUGCUUCUAACUGCAAUGUUCUCUCUUGCCUUGGUUGUUGUCACUGGCCCAAAAUGUUUCUUACUCCCCUGUGAACCAACUAGGCCAUUCUGUUUGCUAUACCCAUGUUUAAGAUGACCCUGUCUCUGCCUUUGCAAAUAUACCUUCCAUCUCAUAAAGCUUCAUCUCCAUCCGUCUCUGUUCACCCACGAAAACUCCAUCUCCUCUAGGAACAUUUUAAUUAGCCUCACUUCACUGAAGAUGUCUUCACAAAACAUCGUCUUCAAGCACUUAUGUGCUUGGUUUACAUAAUACCAAUUUAUACUUGUUUGUGUCUUUUUAAAAUUUUAUGAUGUCUUUUCGUGUCUCCCCCCCACCUCCACCCCAAUUAGAUGGUUAGCUCUCCCACUAGACGGUUAAAUCAGAAGCUGCCUUCUCAUGUUAUUCAAAAUUCCCUAGUAUGGGGCUCGGUGUGCAAUAGGCACUCUAAAUAUUUGUUGACAUCAGAAGAGUGCCCUCUCCCGAGAAACUUGAAUAAGCUGUGAUAGUUAAGCUCUGGCAGGCUUAUUCCACAAGUAUCCAACCCUCAGGAGGCCGUUCCACUUGUACGCCGCAGACUCCAGCUGACAUGGCUCCUCGGCGAAGGCGCAGGAAGCACUCUGCACCAGUGGCUUCCCCCCAGGGGGCUCUGACCCCCACAGUCGCAGGUCCCAGCAUUGAUGCACUUGGCUUUCUCUCUUUGGAGAGUAAUGUCCCUGGCCUAUCCCAGGUUAUCCUUCAGAAGCUGAACAUGAAGAGCUAUGAGGAAUACAAGGCAGUGGUGAAUGGGGGAACCCCUGGGUCAGGCUUUGGGAUUCGUAGCCUCAGCGACAUGUUCCAACGCCUGGAAGACACCUUCCAGUUCUGCGCCCGGUGCCGAGUGCUUCCUGACCAACUCCCUGAUUGUCAGCUCCUUCGCCGCUGUAAGAGGUGCAAAAAUGUCUACUACUGUGGUCCUGAGUGCCAGAAGGCAGACUGGCCAGCACACAAGAAGGUCUGUGGGGAACUUCGGCUGGUGGCUAUAGACCGGCUCUUGGAGUGGCUCGUGGUCACAGGUGACCUCUCCUUACCUUCAGGGGCUUGGCCAUGGCCGCCAGGGGCUGUUCAGGACUGGGAUACUUGGUUUUCAAUGUGGGGGACACAGCUGGAUACCAUGCUGGAAUCUGUUUUGGGUAGUCAUGCCAUGUCCACCUUGUGGGACAGUGUUGGGCGGCCACGGCCGGACCCAGAUAGCCUCCGGGGCUCCCUGCGACGGCUUCUCUCAGAUACCCUUUCUCAGCCCCUGACGUUGGGCUUAGGGCUGCGGACAUUGGUGGGGGGUACGGGGAAGCCAGGGGGGAUCACAGUGCAUGUGGUAGGUGCCUCCCAUGUAGAGGCUUUCCUUACCAGCCACGGGGCCUAUGAUGAGCUCAGACACAUGUUUCCUGGAUAUGCCCUCCACGUAGUCAUGGUUGGUGUGGACUUGCCUGUGGAAUCCCUCCCUCAGCUUUCCUCAGUCUUACCCUCAGCUUCUGGUACAGUUCAGCUCAGCAGCUACCAGGGCCUGUAUCAUGACUUCUGGGAAGAACAAAUAGAGACGGGCCGGGCAGUCUGGCCAGACCUGGUAGCAGGGUUUCAUCCAGGUUUCCAUGCCAGCCAAGAUUUGAUGGCUGGCUGGCUGCCCACCCUACUGCUGCUUCGUGAUUAUGAGAUCCCCACUAUCUUCACUGUCUAUAGUCAACAGGAGCUGACAGCCUCUCUGCAGAUCCUCAGGAAACUGGAGACUGGAAUUUUUGCUUAUGGAGAGAACCCGUUCGCUUCCCUUAAACCUGAGCAAGCCUAUACCAACCCCAACAAGCAGCCUGUGUACUGCAGUGCCUACUACAUCAUGUUUCGGGGGUCUGCCCGCCAAUUGGAUGGAGAGGAAGCAGCAGGGAAAAUGAAUCAUAGGAUGUAGACAGCUGGGGAAACUACAAACAUCCUUUGAUCCUCACGACAAUCCUUGAGGGACCUUUAUUAGCCCCAUUUUAUACUGGAGGAAACUGAGGCAGAAUGAUUUGCUUAGGGUCACACAGCUGGUCUAUGUCUGAGGGCAGAACUGCACUUGCUCCCCCCAACUCCAGUCAGCUCAUGGUCCCUGAAUCAGUGUCUGGUCUAUCUUUUAAGAAGUAUCCCAAAUACCACCUUUUCUGCUGCUCUUGGGAUCCUUCCUGAGGGUUGCCCUCAAACUUUUGUCCUUGGAACUGUCUCUGCUCUGUUAGUGUCCCAGGUGCUUGUGAGCUCUUAGUUUUGGACUGAUGGAAUUCCUCUGUAUUACAAGGUCCCUGCUGGCCCAAUAAAUUUCUUUAGGAUUUCUGGA